AUGCUAAACCGGGGUUACGUAAAGUGCAAGGUAGGGAAAAAUGGAAACACGUCCUUAACUUGGUCAAAACAGAAAGGCAGUAAACAGUUUACAAUUCUUGAAAUUGGAGAUAUCGAAAACGAACAGACCAAGUCAGAGUUAACAUUGCUUGCGAAAGCGUCAAAAGACAACAAUUGUUUAAUGGAUUUUAUAACUAUUAGUGGUAAACGGCAAAGGGAUGGUGGUGAUUUUACCAUUGAAAUUGAAUAUGCCUUGGACUAUGUCUUUACUUUUGCCAAUGUGGCAGAAGAUAUUCUGAAUGAACUAGUUAACUACAUUUUUAAAGGACUGGCCAAUUUAAAUAUGGAGCAAGAGGUUUCUGUUGAGUUUUUUUACAAAUGUAUCUUGGAACAUACUGGGAAACUCCCUUUAUGCCACGAACAGUUUGAUCUUCCUGACUUGAAAACCAAGUUGUUAAAUUUCCAACGAAAAACAGUACAAUGGAUGUUGACAAAAGAGAGUGCUCUUUAUGAUUUGGAUACCGGUAGAUGUGAGCAAAUAAUAGGGAUCAGCGCCUCCAGCUUAAAUGAAGAUAAAAACGUUAUUGACAUGAUGAAUAAAAUCUGGUAUGGAUGGAGAGAAAUUGAGUUUAAUGGACAACAGUUAUGUUUCAACAUCCUUACUAGUCAUCUUUCCACUAUUGAGCAUCUACGAUCCUACUUGCUUGAAUAUUUGAAAGAAACGGACAAGAAUCUAUAUCCUACAAUAUUGCCUGCUAAGGGCCUACUAUGCGAAGAAAUGGGGUUAGGAAAAACUGUGGAAUCAACGGCAUUAAUUUUAUUGAAUCCUCGACCAGCUGAAGAUAUUGGAAAAAGGAUAUCUCGCCCGCUGUAUAUAAUGGGUGAUCACAAAUCAAUGUAUAAGGCAAAGACGACGUUGAUUAUUGCACCAAAUUCAAUUAUUCAGCAAUGGCAGGACGAGAUUACUAGGCUAGCACCCAGUCUUACUGUCACUGAGUACAAGGGCAUCAAAAGCUAUAAACUGAUGAAGAAUAAACCCGCAAUUAUAGCUGAGUAUUUAGGGAAGUUUGAUGUUGUUUUUACCUCCUACACAGUUUUGGGAAAUGAAUUAAACUAUGCAAACUUUUCGAAAUUAACUAGGAAAACUAGAGCAGCAAAAAAAGAAAUGGAACAGUUUUUUAAUGAAGAAUCAGUACAGGAGGUUCUGCUGCUGCUGCUGCUGCUGCUGCUGCCACUCCCGCUGCUGCGUGCCCUGAGCGCUUUCCCCGGUAAAAAUUUGAAUCAACACACCGAAGAGAAGAAAGUUGAUGAAGAAAAAGAAAAACAAGAAAAACAAGAAACACAAGAAACACAAGAAAGAGAUUUAAUAAAUUCCGCAUCAUUAGAGUUUUUCCAUAUCCCAGAUAUAUCUACCAAGACUAUUCAGCCUAAUUCGAAGAUGCUGGAUGCUUCCUCGGAAACGUUUUACGAAGAAGCCCUUCAAAGAGAAGUGGCUUUGGCUUUAGAACAUAACAAGAUACCUGAUUGGUAUCACAAAAUUGAUUAUGCUUGUCCUUUGAUGCUAAUGCAAUUCUGGAGAGUUUUGUUAGAUGAAGUACAAAUGGUAUCGCUGAGCUCCUCAAAAUGUUUCAAAAGCGCUGAGCUUAUCCCUAGAUUCCAUUCGUGGGGUGUUUCCGGGACGCCGAUCAAGCGAGACUUGGAUGAUUUACAAUCGUAUCUCAAAUUCUUGCAUUUUUACCCUUUCGAUUCUAUACAUGGAAAGAAAGCCUGGAAACUGUUAAUUUCAGAUUCUCACAAAUUUCAAAAAUUUUGGUCUGAAAUGUCCUUGAGGCAUACAAAAGCCAUGGUUGAGCAUGACAUUAGACUACCUCCUCAAAACAGGAUACGCAUGACUAUCCCAUUUAAUCCUGUGGAACAAAACAAUUACGAUACGAGAUUUGCCGAGUGCUUGCAGGAUAUUGGUCUCGACUCCGAAGGAAACCCCACACAAAAUGAUUGGGAGAUGUCUACUGAUCGAAUCCAAAAAAUGAAGACCUGGUUGCGAAAUUUAAGGCAACUAUGUUGUUCGCCGCAAUUUAGUUCGUUGAAUAUAAAUAGGUUUAAUUCAAAGGCAGCAGCAAUGGGGUUCCAACAAUUAUAUUUUGUUGACACUCUGAAAAGUCUUGACGAUCUCUUGGACCAGAUGCUUGAUAAGGUUUAUUUUGAGAUUGCUGAAAAGGAGAAAAGAAAAUUAGAAUUAGUUAUUCAAAGUGCAGAGUUUUUGGAAUUCAUCUAUCAACCUAAACAUGCAACUAAAUUUCUAAAAGAAGGUAUUAUAGAAACAAGGAAAAUCAUCCAUCGAUUGCGUUUAUUGUUGCAGAAGCUGAUUGAAGAUUAUCGUAAGGAUAGAAACAAAGAUGCAAAGGAUAAACUUUCGAAGCAACCAAAAUAUGACAAUAAUGGUGAUGCUAAUGGUGAUGAAACUCAAAAUAUUAUGGAAGUUGACGAUGCUUACAAUAAUAUUGACCAUGACGAUAAUAUAGGCACGUCUCAAGAGUCAAAUUCAUACAAUGGAGAGAACAAACUUGAGCACAGAGUUUCCAACUUACGGAUUCGAUUGAAAAAUUGGCAUCUUUUAUUGCACAAAUUGUAUUUUUUGUAUGCGUCUGCCAAUUUUCAACUCUAUGACCCAGAAUUUCAGCUGCUUAUUGCAAAAUAUCAAAUUGAUUGUAAUUUUGAUACCUUGUAUAAAAUUCUUGAUGGUUGCUUAGGAAUUGAUCGAGCAGAUGAACUUGCUGGUAUAAUGAGCUCUAUGCCAAAGUCGUAUUUCUUUUCAGUUGAGGACUUUGUUGAGUUGCCACUGCCACAAAAAACUGAAACAGAGUUUUACAAAAAGGCAGAAGAUAUCCGAGACGAAUACUUGAAACCAAGCUUAAAGUAUUUACAGAAAGUGGUACAUGACAAGAUACAGAACCGAGGUUUGUUUUGUUCUUGGAAAAGCACCUUUCACGAUGACGGUACUAAAUUGAUUCCAAAAAACUCAAAAAAAUUAUUCAAUGUUCUUCCACUAAUCUGUUUGGAACUGGACAAGGUGGAUGAUUUUGGUCAUUCAAAAUGUAAUUUGUUUCUUGAAAAAUCCGCUAAACUUAUCACGGCAUUAAAUGUAAAUGCACAUGAGGUAAAUCCAAAAAUUCAUCGUUUGGUAGAAUUGUUGAUUGAGCUGGUUGUACCUAAGGAAGUGGAAAUGAUCGAAUAUAAUAAAGAAUCUCAUGAGCAUCAGCAGAAUGGUGUUGAUGAGAAAGAAAAUGGGAAAGUAGACGUUAAUGGACCUGGUAAUGAAACAACUGAAAAUAUAUAUGACUGGGGUUUGCAAAAGCAACAACAGAUUGAAGACUUGUUAUCGGACCUUGGUAAGCUUAUAUCAGAAAGAAAACUUCUUUUAUUGGGAAACACUGGAGUUUACAAUUCACUGUUAUCUUCUCGUGCUGAAGAUUUGAAUUUCACCAAUAUGAUGGUUGAGUUGGGUUCCAUUGAAUAUUCAAUCAAUGAACCAAUGUCAUCAAAGUCUUCAAAAAUAUCUUCCCCCGCCAUAGUACAAUUUUCAAACCUAGCAAAAAAAUUGAGAAACAUAUUUGAGAAUCAAAAAACAGUGAGCAACAUGAUUACCCGCGAAGUUAAUUUAAAUUUCAACGCUAUUUUCAAUGCUAGAGUUGAGUAUUUUAAACAACUUCAGCAAAUUUCAGACUCAGUAUUGCCACCAACGUUUAUUGGUUUCGACAGAGAAAAGUUGAAAAAAAUAGACGUGGAAUUGAAAUUUACACGUCUUGAAAAAUCGUUUGUUGAACAAAACCGUUUAAUUGAAAAUUCUACUGGUAGAUUGAGAUAUUUAUCGGAAUUGGUUAAAGAAUCAAGCUCCAACAAUGCUGAUGACUUUGAUGGUGCAAUGAUGUGUAUAAUAUGUCGUUGUGAAAUUACUUCCGGCUCACUUACAAAAUGUGGACACAAGUUUUGCAAGGAGUGCUUGCAACAUUGGAUGAGAAAUUCACAAUUUUGCCCAAUGUGUAAAGAUCGAAUACAAGCAGGGUCGGUAUACAACUUUAAUAGGUUUGCACAAAAUUUGAAAGCUGCUGAAGAGACAACGUCUUCGUCUUCGGUUGAUAGUUUUGGGGUGAACAUGAAUAGCAUUUACAAGCCUGUUGAUCAAAGUGUUGUUGAUGAAAUACAAGACAUUAAACUAUGGAGCAAUUACAGCUCAAAAGUUGAUAUGAUUGUUAAGCAAGCUUUGUAUUUACGAACAAAAGAUCGUGAUGUGCAGAUUGUUGUAUUUAGUCAAUGGCGGAAAAUGCUCAGUAUCCUCGCUGUUGCGUUAAAUGCUUCUGGGGUCACGUGUGCUACACUUGGUACGAAACAGUUGAAAAGACCACGCGGUGGGCAAGGCGCUAUGCACUCAGCAUCAACUAGAACUGACCCUGUUGAACUAUUCAAAAACCCAGCCAACAAGAUUACGUGCUUUCUUUUAGAUGCGAAUGCACAAGCCAGCGGGUUGACAUUGACGAAUGCCACGCAUAUUUUCUUGUGUGAACCUCUAAUCAAUACAUCAUUAGAACUCCAAGCCAUUUCCAGAGUUCAUAGAAUUGGCCAAACACGUCCAACAACAGUGUGGAUGUUUACAAUUGCCAAUACCGUGGAAGAAAGUGUUGUACUUACUGCAACUAGGAAAAGAUUGAACUUGAUAAAAGAAACUUCGCAAGACAACGGAACUAUUGUCGUAAACGAACAUGCAAUGAGUAUUGCUGAUUCCUUGACCCUAAACAAGAGCAAUGGACAAAAGAGUUUAUUAGAAAAGCGCAAUGCAGAAGGUGAAAAUGUCAAUAGCUCAGACUUAUGGGACGCUUUUUUCAGCUCAAACUUGAACAAAUGUUAA